ACACAUUAUUAAAAACAGUCCUGAACUUAAAAGCACUAACUUAUUUUGGCCACCUGUGCCGCCUCAAAGUAUUGAGAGCAUGAUGCUUCAGGACCCCCCCACACACAGAGACACAAACACAGAUGUGUACACACACAGAGACACAAACACAGAUGUGUACACACACAUGCAUGAGAAACAUGUGCAAUGUGAUCAGGGUGUAUGUAAUGCUAAUGUGCUGGGUGGUGAUCUUUGAUUAGUUCAUAAGUAACGGUGUGUCUUAAAUGGGAACCAUAGUGUGAGUCAGAUGAUUCCUACAUUGGGUCUGUGCUGUGGUGAGUGCCCCAACCCCUCAGUGGAUCAGUCAGAGGCAGCUCUCCAGUAUCUGCUGAGUGUUUGGAAAAGUUGAAUGGACGGGCAGAGUAAGGACUGAGAAAGUGAUUCAAAAAGAGGAAAAGACGAGAGGAUUUUGAUCAUACAAGGACAACAUUAUUGGAUUGGAAUUUAUUCUCAACUUUCAAAAUAACCAUGGAACUGUCUCUGGUGAGUGGGAUUUUUUAUAGCUCAUUUAGUAUUUGAUCCAUGGUGAAAGUCUGAAGGACAAUAAUUCUAGAGUAACUUCAGUGACUGUUGUACAUGUACUGUGAAUAGCUGAGUAUGUUUUAUUGAUGUGGUUUCAGUGGUCUAAUGGCUUGGGUUAUAAUAUUUAAUAUCUCAGUUAAGAUUUCACAUGCAUUUUAUGUCAGGCUGUGAUUUUGGAUCAGGGUACCCAGGCCUACGUUCUCAAUCCAGCCCCUAUGUUAAUCACAGUACCAUCCUGUGACAUUGUUGAUUAACCCAGUUGUCCUUACCCCUCCUUUAACCUGCUGGAAGUUUCAGGCCACUUUCAUACUAUGCACUUUCUCAAGCUGUUCUAGAAUAUUCAAUGUUUUCUGUGUUUACAAGUUCUCUAUUGUCCUCUGCCCUGAAGAAGGUCAAACUCCCGGGUGCCACCUUAAAUCUUCAUAGACAUGCCAAACAAGUGAGCAAGGCUUUGCCAAGCCUCCACUGUGCCAACACUGCUAUUGGUCAACAACCACUGUUGGUGGGCUGUUGCCAUAGCACCCUCAUUAAGGGAGGAGCAGGGACAUGUUUAGAAAGUGUGGGGUUCAAGUCCCAGUGAAAGAGUACAGGUUGUCAAUGUCACAUCACAGUACAGGAACUACCAAGUAAUUUACCAGAGCUGUAGACAUUGAAAUGUACUAGAAUUCAUGCCCAGUGAUAAGGAAAUAAAUACACAAUUACUAGUUCUAGAGCAGCACAUACCCUAAGCACAUACUCUCUAGAAUGUAAACUGUGAUAAGUUGUUUUAUGGAAGCCAGAACAUACAAAAGCAUGCGCUCACACACACACACACACACUGACAUUUACAAUGUAUGACGCAUGGCAUUUAGCAGAGAUGUGCAUUCGCUGGAAGCCGAAAGACUCAUCUUUCGGCUUCCAGCGAAUGCAUCUCUACCCCUCAGGGUAGAGUAGGAGAAGCAGCAUUGAGAGGUUGUGUGUGUGAGAGAGAGUGAAAACAUACGCCAGUGGAUUAAGCUGCUUUGUGAAGGGAAACCGAGGAAAGCUUAUAGAGAAGUGAAGAGAGGGAUGGAGGCUUUUGCCCUGACAACCCACCACAGUUCAUAACAGCUUAGCUAGAGAGGGGAAGAAAACGGACAAAUGCAGGAAAAACAGGAUCAGCCACUGAAAAGUAGCCCGGGGAAGGUAGGGAUGUGGACUGUAGGAGGGAUGUGUGUGUUUUGUAUAUUGUGUGUGUGGCGUCUUAUUUUUUUGUCUGUAAUGACAGCAUGUGAAAAUUGGAGUGACUGGGUAUGGUGUAUAUGAUGCUUCUUCUGCAGCCAUCCAGUUCUUUGUUGAUUUUUGUGUUGGCAGAUUGUUUAGAGAACUAAGCAUGCCAAUUAUAAUGCAUUAUAACACAUACCUGAUGUAGGGUGACACUUGCAGGGUGGGGAAUAGUGUGCGUGUUUAUGGGUUGGUGCAUCUUGGUUUUUCAAUGGAGAGUCCUUUUGCCUGUUCUCUUUGUGGUCCCAUGUUGAUUUACACACAAUUCUUGAGUCUGAAUGUUUGUUUUUACUGCUUGUGUGGGAAUUUAUGUAAUGUGAAUUGCUGUAGCGAGUGUAUGUGCUUUUGUCCUAUUUCCCAGGCUUUCCAUCGUAAACAAUCAUAAGUCCCAUCAUGCUUUGGGCUCUCGCCGAAGAGCACUCUACCGUGACUGGUGUGUGUUCGAUGUUAUCACUCUCCCUUCCUCCCCUCUCUGCUUGUCUCUCCCUUCAGGCUCACCCGGCUCUCAAAGCCUUUAUGUGUGGCUCUCUCAGUGGAACAUGCUCCACCCUGCUCUUCCAGCCUCUGGACCUGGUCAAGACCCGCCUGCAGACCCUUCACAGCAACAUGCAGCCUGGUUCAGCAAGAGUGGGGAUGGUGACUGUGUUCUUAAGUGUUGUACGGACAGAGAAGCUCAUAGGACUUUGGAAGGGGGUCUCACCAUCGUUUGUGAGAACCAUCCCCGGCGUAGGGAUCUACUUCAGCACCUACUACUCUCUAAAGCAGCACUACUUCCUGGAGCAGGGCCCCGGGGCCAUGGAGUCUGUGCUGCUGGGAGCUGGGGCCAGGACUGUGGCAGGGGUCUGCAUGCUGCCGGUCACUGUCAUUAAAACUCGCUUUGAGAGUGGCAGGUAUAACUACGUGAGCGUGGCAGGGGCUUUGCGCAGUGUGUGUCAAACAGAGGGACCCAGAGCUCUGUUCUCAGGGCUGACCGCCACCCUCCUCAGAGAUGCUCCCUUCUCAGGCCUCUAUGUCAUGUUCUACAGCCAGGGCAAGAACACUCUUCCACAGGAGAUAAGCACGUCUCCCUACGCGGCCCUGGCUAACUUCAGCUGUGGGAUUCUGGCCGGGGUCCUGGCUUCCCUGGUCACCCAGCCAGCUGACGUGGUCAAAACUCAUGUCCAAGUCAGCCCACAUCUGUACAGGAGGACUGCAGACGCUGUGCGAUACAUUUACAAUGAGCACGGGUUUCAGGGGUUCUUCCGGGGUGGGGUGCCACGUUCUCUAAGGAGGACCAUGAUUGCUGCCAUGGCAUGGACGGUGUAUGAACAGCUGAUGGCCCGCAUGGGGCUCAAGUCCUGAGGAGGGAUGA